AUGGCCUCCCAAAGACAAGCAACAUCAGCCUCCCAAGUCCCCCACCUCUCCCCCGCCGAACUCUCCUAUCUCUACACCUCCCUCAGCCUCCCAAAAACACCAAUCCGACCAGACGGCCGCUCGCCCACACAAUUCCGCCCCCUAAGCGCAGAAACAAACAUCCUACCGGGUACAAACGGCAGCGCGCGCAUCGGUUUCGCAGAUGGCACACAGGCGAUCGUCGGCGUCAAAGCCGAAGUGGAGAAGACGAUUGUUGCAGCUGAUACCCUUGACUCACGCAGUCUGGGGCAACAGGGUGACCAGCUGAAUCGAGAGGGUGAGGAGGGUUCUGCUGCUGUUUCUGGGCAGGGAGAGUGGGUGCAGAUGUCUAUUGAGAUUCCUGGGUUCCGGGAUGAUGAUGCGUUGCCGGUUUUCUUGUCUGAGAUGAUGAGGGAGAGUCUUGUUGGGUCUGUUGAGGAUGGGAAAGAUGUGGAGAUGGCUGGUGGUUUGAAGGGGAGGCUUGUUAUCAACAAGCGUUGGCAUUGGAGGUUGUAUAUUGAUGUCCUCCUCCUCUCCCAACCUCUCGCCUACCCCCUCCCCCUCCUCUCCCUAACAACCCACCUUGCCCUCCUAAGCACCAAACUCCCAAAACUCAAAUCAACCGGCGAAGAAGACCCCUUCUUCGACGACGACUGGGCCGCCGCUGAAUAUCUCUACCCACGCAUCACCAACAAAUCCGCAAAACACACCCCAACAGCGCAAUCCCACCCCGUCCGCCCACCGGUAACCCUCCUAGUAAUCUCCGUCGGUGAAAACAUCAUUUUCGACCCAAACCGCGAAGAAAUCGCCGUCGCCGACGCCGUUCUGGCAAUCUCUGUCACUCGCACCGGUGACUCCGAUACCCUGAAACUACUCUCCAUCCGCACCAUCGACCCGCCCUCGCGCUUGACGCAGUCUGGUAUUCCCAAUUCUGAGAACGUGAAUAUGCUCGGUGCUACGGCGCCGUCGGAUGAUCCUGCUCUGCUUAAUCCUGCGACUGGAGAGGAGGAGGUUUCGCGGGUUUGGAGGCCGCGUAGGGGUGGUGUUAAGAGGAGUGUUAUUGCUCGGAUGGUUAAGACUGUUCUUGAGAAGGGGGGUGUUGGGGAGGAGGUUCUUGAAGGGCUUGAGGGUGUUGAGGUUCUUUGA